AUGGCGGCCAACAACCGCUCCUUUGCGGCGCGCAUCGCCUCCAUCACCUCGCAGACCACACAGAUGGAAACAUGGGAUGACGGCGACUUCGACGACCGCUCCGACGGCCUCCUCUUCAAGAACUCAACAGUACACUCGCUAUCCUCACGCAUGAGCGUGCGCUCCGAAACAGAAUCCCAGGACGACUGGCAGUUCCUCAUCACCCCAGACGACCAGGCAACCAACACUUCCGCCAUCAAGACAGCCGCGAAACAGGCCGGCAUUCCGAUACCCACGAGCGUGCCAUCGUCGGCACUCCUAGGAGGCUCCAUCAAGAGGCUGGGCAAGAAGAAGUCGACCAAGAAGAUCGAGGUGGACGACGACUGGGGGAAUGAUUUGGAGCUUCCCAGCAACGCGUCCGAGGGCUUGAAGCUCAAGACGCCCAAGCCACGUACGCCAGUAGAAGAGCAGGACGACGAUUUCGACUGGGGCGAGGGCUCGCUGGGCAUCCGCUUCGCAGGUACGCGACAGGGAACUCGCGGUGCACGCAGCUCUUCCAUAUCCGCCAUGAGUCCCAGCCUAGGCAGCAUCAUGACCAUGGAGAGCGAAGAAGACGACCUGGGCGGCCUCGUGCUUCCCACAGAGGCCAUGGACUUUGGUGCGCGUCUGGAAAAGCUCAAGAAGGCCGAGCAACCACCAGCACAUGAAGCCUCGCUCCUUCCGCCUCUGCCAUUGCGCGAACAGCCCACUGCGCCCAUGUCACCCACCUCGGCCCCCAUGCAGGAGCCGCCCCAAUCACCCAUCGCUGCACCAUUGUCCCCUUCGCCCUUCAGCAGCCCCAAGGCCCAUAGCCCAAAAGCACCAUCACCCAAGAAGCCCGCAGUCGAAGAGGAAGACUUUGAGGACGCUUUCGACUUUGGCAAUGGCGACAUCCUAGACCGACAGAAGCUAACCCUGAACAAAAACAUUGUCGUAAAGAAGCCGGCUACCAAGACGACCGCCCCACACGCUGCUCGUCCCGCAACUACCAUCACCUUCACCGACAGGCCCACUACCUCACGGAUACCCAGGCCCCUGCCGUCCAUCGCCAGCCGUACCAGACUUACCCCUGUCUACGAAAGUGGAGCGUCCACGUCGAACAAUUCCACUCGUACCAUGCCCACGACUACCAGUGCCCAGCUGCUCCGCGCAAAGCGAUCUGCUCCUGUCCUCCGCAAUCUCAACCAGAGUCAGCAACCACGAAUGCCAUUUCUUCCUGCCGGCGGAACGUCGUCUCAAUCCCACCACGUCAUGUCAAAGAGCUCUUCGCAGGCCCACCUCCGUCGCGACUCGGACCCUCGCCGACCACAGUCUCCCUCGAUGCGAACCUACUCACGCUUGUCUGGCGGCGGCAACAAUGAGACACCGAGUCGUGCUUCGGUGAGGCGUGACAUGGCCCCGUCUGCCCUUGCACGUCAUCCAGCCCCGAAGAAGCUGACACAGCCUCAGCGCAAGCGCAACUUUGGUGACGGUCAUGAGCUCGACCUGUUCGACGACUUACCUACCUCGGCUUCCAAAGAGAAGCAGUUUGAAAAGGUGCCGCGCAACGUCGCGAGUAACAAGUCGCUACGCACUCAGCCCAGCAAUUCACGUCUGCCGAUGCCUGAUCGAAUGCAAACGCCUAUGCCUCAGACGCCGCGAAGCCCUCCCAAGAUGGACCAUACUCCUCGCUUUGCUCGUGACACGGCAGCAAGUAGGAAUGCACGUGAACAGCGUCUGGCAGGCACAAGGUCGCGAGCAGAAGGCCCCGUUUCCACUAGGCCCGUCAGUUGGGCCGCUCAAGUGGCAGCUCGUAGUCCGCAUACCAGUCCAUCCGCUCACAGGAAGAAAGGCUCAGGACAGAAGCCGCAGUUGAUCAGGCAGAUGACGCAGCCUUAUACACAAAAUGAGAAAGGUAUGAUUUAUAACCCAACUUUACAACGUUGGGAAGGAAAUGAGGAAGCUCUUGUUUCCUUCUCACACCCUAAUACUUCCACUACAACCCUCGCCCUAACCACGGCGAGCACGCCUACCUUUGCCCCGCCGGGAAACCAGAUGAGCCGCGGCCAUGACCGUUCCCAGUCCAUCUCGCACAUCGCACUGUCGUCCAUCCAUGCCAAUCAGACCCACCACCAAGGACAUAGAAGCUUCUCGUCGCGAGCGGCCAAGUUGGCCCAGCCGCCAGCACCUGCCCCAGUGCCUUCUCCGCCACGACCUGCCUUGAUCUCUCAGAUUUCCGUACCACGUAAUGUCCAGUACGAAGGCCGCAUGGUGUUUGACCCUGUCAAGAUGACUUGGCUCAAGGCGCCUCGGCCGGCAAACGAGAUCGGAUCACCUUCAGAAGUGGACGAAGAAGAGGACCCGUUCGCCGGCCUCGACGACCUCAAGGAUAACGAGAGCGUUGCUGGCGGCAACGGCAUGGGUGGCACCGGCACACCAAACCCCGAAGACCCAACCUUUGUAGGCGAGGAGUUUGAUGUCGGACCUGGCUUCAUCCGCCGACAGCGCGACGAAGAAGCCAUCUGGCGACGACGAGUCGAAGGCUGGGUCGGCGGCCUCCGCGACGAUGGCAUCCAACACGGCGGUUGGAGAUGGGCGAUUCGCGACUUCGCCGCUGCCAGUGCUCACGCUGGACCCCCGGCAUUUUAA